AUGAAGGACAGCAACAAGGAUGAGGCAGCAAGGAGUGUUCGAAUCGCAGAGGCGGCCAUCGCUUCUGGUGACCAGCUCCGUGCGCGGAAGUUCAUUAAAAUUGCUCAGCGUCUUGACCCUAACAUCUGUGUGGAAACCCUACUGGCCUCCUGCGAGAAGCCGGAUGGUGCUAUUCCCACACUUGGGCACCAGGCUGCCGUUGACCCUUCUCAAUCCUCUAAGCAUUCCGAAGCUUCCAGUUACCAGCGUCAUCAUACUGCAGAGCAGGUGAAGCUGAUCAGGGAGAUCAGGAGAAGCAAGGAUUACUACACAAUUCUUGGGGUGGAGAAGACCUCCUCUGGGGAGGAAAUCCGAAAGGCUUACAGGAAGCUGUCCCUUAGGGUACAUCCGGACAAGAACAAGGCCCCUGGAGCGGAGGAGGCCUUCAGGACUCUCUGCAAGGCCUUUCAGUGCUUGAGCGAUGAGGAUUCAAGGAGAUUGUACGACCAGACUGGCGCAGCUGGAGAUUCUGAGAUCAAUUACCAGUACAGGGACAUGGGAUACAGGAGGAGGAACUCUACAAGGGAUAGCUUCCUUGAUGAAGAUUCUGACCCAGAUGAGAUUUUCCGAUCCUUCAUCUUCAAUCAGCGUGCCUUCCAAGCUCAUCAUCUUCAUCGGACCAGAGGCCACUCCCAUCAGUCGACUGGUUCUACCAGUGCAGAGGGACAGGGGUUUGUAAACCUGUUUCAGAUCUUGGCCAUGGUGGUCAUCUUCUUGGUCGCCUUCAUGGUUUACUCUGAACCAGAGUAUGCCCUGCAGCAAACUCACAUAUACCAGGUCCCAAGGAUCACGGAGAAACAUGGAGUGAAGUAUUAUGUUAGGUCUGAGGACUUCGAUCAGCAGUGCCCAGCAGGGAGCCCAUCCAGGGAGAAGCUUGAACAGGAGAUCUUGAUGGACUAUCGGAAUGUGUUGAGACGUUACUGCCACAUUGAGAUGAUUAGGCGUCAACGGUUGAAGAACUAUCAAACUCCUCACUGUGAUAAGCUCCAGAGCCUCAUGGUAGCUUGA